CCCCCCCUCCCUCUCCCCUGAUUGCCUCGCCAUUUCGCCUCUCGUCUUCGCAUCGCGCGCCCCGCCGCCGCCGCCGCCUCCUCCUCCCCCCACGCCCGUCCAGCGCGGCGCGGCCGCGUUGGGUCCUGGCGCGAGUCCGUGCGGCCAGAUCUUGGGCGGGGUUUACUGCGCGUACCGUCGUAGAGGAGGAGGAGGCGGCGGGGGUGGUUGGUGGGCGGGGCCAGCUGGCCUAGCGGUUCCUAGUCGCCGGAGUCGCAGCAGGAGGAGGAGAACUCAUCACCGUCGUCUCGCGGGUGGCGGCGGGGAUGUACGUGCCGCAGUCGUCCCGCGGCGGGGGCGGCUCCGCCGGGGAGCAGCCUAGGGUUUACCAAGUCUGGCGGGGAAGCAACGAGUUUCUCUUGCAAGGGCGGUUCAUAUUUGGACCUGAUGUGAGAUCCUUGUUUCUCACUAUAUUCCUCAUCCUUGCACCAGUGUUGGUCUUCUGUAUAUUUGUUGCCAGACAUCUGAUGAAUGAUUUUCCUGAUCACUGGGGGAUUUCAGUUAUGGUUGUAGCGGUUGUCUUCACAGUAUAUGAUUUGACGCUGCUGCUUCUUACCUCUGGUAGAGAUCCUGGUAUAGUACCUCGUAACAUGCACCCCCCUGAACCUGAAUCCCUUGAUGGGAACAAUGAUACUGGAAAUGGUCAGACUCCACAACAAUUGCGCUUACCACGGACAAAGGAUGUUUAUGUAAAUGGAGUUGUUGUAAAGGUCAAGUACUGUGACACCUGCAUGCUGUAUCGGCCACCUCGUUGCUCUCACUGUUCUAUCUGUAACAACUGUGUGGAGCGUUUUGAUCAUCACUGUCCUUGGGUUGGUCAAUGCAUAGGACUGCGUAAUUAUCGCUUCUUCUAUAUGUUUGUCUUCUCGACCACAUUGCUCUGCCUCUACGUAUUUGGGUUCUGCUGGGUGUACAUAAUUAAGAUCAGAGAUGCAGAAGGUUCAUCGAUUUGGAGGGCAAUGUUGAAGACACCUGCCUCAAUGGUUCUGAUCAUCUACUGUUUUAUUUGUGUGUGGUUUGUUGGUGGUCUUUCUGUCUUCCAUUUCUACCUGAUGAGCACCAACCAGACUACCUACGAGAACUUCAGGUAUCGGUACGACCGGCGGGCUAACCCGUAUAACGUAGGUGUGGUGAACAACUUUCUGGAGAUCUUCUGCACUGCUGUCCCCGCUUCCAAGAACAAUUUCCGAGCUAGGGUCCCAGUAGAGCAAGGUUUACAGCAAUCACGCCCACCAACCAGGGGUUUCAUGAGCCCAAACAUGGGCAAACCUGUUGGAGACCUUGAAUUGGGCAGGAAGCCAGUAUCAUGGGACGAACCUCGGUCAGGAGCUGAUAUAAGAGAUUUAGAAGUUGGGGGCAUGUUGGAUGAGAAAGAGGGCAGAAUAACCCAUGCGUCACCGGAUCUCAGCAGAGAAGCCCUUCCAGUUGAGCUCAUGGAAGGUAGGGCUGGCAUGCAUUCGAGACGAUCAAGCUGGGGUCACAGAAGUGGGACCUCAGAGUCGAUGGACAGCAUCGCCGUGCAGAUGGGAGGUGGAGAAACUAACUGGGGCUCGGUCAGCAGUGGCCACGGCACAACCAGUGGAACUCACUAGCAAACCGCACGCCGCUUUCUGACGCCGCACUAGGUCUGAUCUCAACAAGGAACGACCCUGUCUGAUCUCCAAAAUGAAGAACCGGCCUUUCUGAGUAUCCUGUGAGCUUGUGCCUUUCACCUAGGAUAUAGAUAUGCCAAUGCUUUCUUACCUGUGUCUGUUUCAUCUUGAAGGGCAUCAUUCCUUUUGAUGUGCUUCUCAUUUGGUGUUUUAAGUAAGCAAAAAAAAAUCAGAAGAGAUUAAACUCCUGCUGCGUGGCUUGGAUUGUCUUAUCUGUGUGUAUAUAUUUAUUAUUGGAACAGUCUGUAAGAAAGUGUGCUCUGUAUGAUUUGCUGCUUGUAAUAUUCUUAGCUGUGAAAUCAUGUUUUAUAAA